GCCUUGAAUAAGUAGGCAUAAUCGUUUUAUCGUUUUGGCUUUUCAAACGGAAUAGCCACCGGAAAAUCGUAGUUAAGUUCUGCUCUCCGUCUCUUCCACUCACUCAUACUACUACACCAGUGUAAAUAAAUUGGGAAAAUAAUAAGAAAAUAAUAAUAAUAAUAAAACUAAAGAAAAAAUGAUCUUGCUUCGCCGUUGCCAACACCUGCGCCUGCGUCCUUGGGUUCGCCUCUGCUCGGCCGAACUGAUACAUAAGGAUGGCUUCAUCGAGAAGCUGCGACACAGCUUCGAGGAGGAUGUACGCAGCAACCUGGUGGUGCCUACAUAUAAAAGGGCCAUGCUCUAUCCGGAUGAGAUUGCCGUGAAGGAUAUCAAUGGGGAGUACACUUACUUCCAGCUGUAUUUGGUAGCCAAGCGUCUGGCCAUACAGAUUUCCAAUAUAUGUGGCAGUGCCUCGCUCUCGAAUGUGGCUUACCUUUGCUCGAGCAAUGCCCUGUGGAUAGCCAUCCAAUGGAGCUGCUGGAUCUCUGGCCAGGUGGCUGUGCCUCUGGAAUGUGGACAACCCAUCGAGCAGCUGCGUCGCCAGGCCACGGGCUGCAAGGCCAAGCUGCUGAUAGCCACGCCCGAAUUUGAAGAAAUGGCCCAUGAAAUCUCACUGGGCCUGCAGUCGGCCACCAUAGUGCUGAAUCACAGCUUUGUGCCGUCGGCGGAGAGUGUGUCCUCCACCUCGAUGUAUGUGAAGCAGCUGGUGAGCACCCAGGGUGACCUGCUCACCGAGAGCACGCUGCCGAGUGACUUUUAUGCCGGGGCACCGGCCAUGCUGGUCCACACACCGAAUGCAGUAAAUAAACCGAAGCCGGUGCUGCUCUCCCAUCGCAAUAUCGAUGCCCAUGUCCGUUGCCUCAUCGACAGUUGGCGCCUGUCGCCCUCGGACUGCCUGUUGCCCAUUCUCUCGAUGAAUCGCAUGAAUGCCGCCGUCGGAGCGGUGCUCAAUGUGGGCGGCACAGUCAUUCUGCAGCAGAAAUUCGAUGGCCAUAAUGCCUGGAGCGCUUUGUUGGGCAUCAAUAGUCCCACCAAGCAGCGGGUCACCCUCUUCCUGGCCAUGCCCAUUGUGUACAAGCGUCUAAUUGCGGAAUACGACAAGAUGUUCGCCAAGGACUCGCGGAUGGUGGACUACAUUUUGAAUCAUUGCCGCCAGAGGAUUCGUCUGAUGGCCACCGCCUAUGCCCUGCUGCCGGAUUCGGUGUUCCAGCGCUGGCGCCAGAUUACGGGUCAGAAUAUCUACGAGUACUAUGGCAUGGUGGAGACGGGCCUGGUGUUGGGUCAUCCCCUGGAUGAGCAGAUGAGCGCCAGUAAUAAUGCCGCCACCACACCACCCUCAACACCCACACAGACUUCGGCUGCGAGUCAGAGUUCAAAUCCCGGCAAGAUGGACUAUCGCCCCGGCACUUUGGGUGCUCCACUGAAGGGCGUGACCGCCCGAUUGAUCAGCAGCAAGGGCACCGAGCUGAUCACCUGCAAGAAUGAGCUGGGCGGCAAUGUGGAUCAUGGCCUCAUCCAGUCGGAUAUGGAUUUGGGCAGCGAUACGCCGCUCUCGCAGACUGUCAUCGGUGAGCUUCAGAUAGCCAAGUCCGAUUUGGUGUCCAGCUCCCUGGGCGGCGGCAUCAGUGGCCGGCAAAUAAAUCCGGAGGCAAUUGGCUGUAAAAUGGAGGAGACACCCGAUGGCUUCGUCAAGACGGGCGACAUUUGUGCCUAUCAGAAUGGCAACUUUUAUUUCCUGAGCAAGAUCAGCGAUGUCUUCACCGUCGGUGGCUACAAGGUUUAUGGUUCGGAGAUCAAGAAGGUUCUGAUCUCGCAUCCAUCCAUCAACGAUGUGGCCGUCUUGGGAAUACCCAACAAGGUGUGGGGCCAUCGCCUCGGAGUCAUUUGCAUUGUCUCCCCGGAUGCUGAUAUCGAUCUGGAUGCCAUCAAGACCUAUUGCUAUCGCCAUUUGCCGGCCCACAAGUGCCCCACGGUCUUCAAGACCCUCAUUUCCAAGUAGGAAAAUGGAAAAUCCUUAAACAAAUCCUUAAACAUAGCCCUCCCAUGGACCAUGUCCGCCUUGUCUGGGCCACAACAAAUUCAUGUGAGAUUUCAUGCGACAUUCGUUUUGUAACAUAAUAAAAAAUGUUCAUUUUACAAUCAAA